AUGGAUAAACAACCUCAAGAAAUAGUUCAGGCGAAACAAGGAAUGGCAGGGGCCCAAUUGCGCCUGCUUGACGAUACCAAACCGGAAGCUAACCCAGAAACAGAAGAAUCUCAGAAAGAAUCACCCUUCAAAGAUGAACGCCCAGGAUGGCAGGGUUACAUCGAGUGGGAGAAAUACCCAGAGAAGAAAGAACUCGCGGCUGGUAUUCUUGCGAAAUAUGUGUUUCCACCACCUCCAGAGUUCCAGUUGGGCCCUAUUCCAGACACCAACCCUGUUCUUGAAGGUGUCAGAUGGAAAAUGUGGCACAAGGCUAUCGGUGGAGAUUUAUGGAGUGUCCCUGAAGAGAGCUGGCUACGAGUCAUCCAGGAGAAACACAAGGACAUGCUCCAUCUACUUCAAUUUCCGUACAAUGGAGAGCCACCCAAGCGCCUGGUGACUGCAAAACCCAUCACUCCGAACCCCCUUCACUUCGUGCGCAACCACGGAGGCAUUCCCAACAUUUCCGCUGAUGCAUUUUUCCUCGAGCUCGAUGGUCUGGUCAAUAACCCAAAGAAAAUAUCUCUAGCCGAGCUUCAAAAUGAAGAAUUGUUCCCUCGUGUUGUGAAGACUGUUACUAUCCAGUGCAGUGGGACACGGCGCAUCGAACAGAUCAGUGAGUAUGCAGGAGAAGGUGAUGAAAUGAUUAAUGCACCUUGGGCCGAGGGUGCUAUUGGGACUGCAGUCUGGGAAGGGGUCAGUUUGAAGAAAGUAAUCAAAUAUUGCGGAGGCCUUGCUGAAGGAGGCAAACACUUGGAAUUUUAUGGCGCAGACAGUUACUUCAAACAAGGUCAACUUAUGAAUUAUGUCGUCAGUGUCCCGUGGUCAAAGGUUAAAUCCAACGAAGUUAUUCUUGCUUGGUCGAUGAACGGGGAACCGCUACCCAAAAUCCACGGCUUCCCUCUUCGCGCUGUCGUUUUCGGGUACAUCGGGGCUCGUUCCUGUAAGUGGUUGUACCGCAUUAAAGCUAUCAGUGAGCCCUCCAGAGCUCCUGUCCAAUCCCGGGAAUAUCUCUAUUUCAACCAACAAGUUGGAAAGCACAACCAGGCUUACACGCGUGGUAUUCAAAUCCAAGAAAUGCCCGUUUCCUCUGCCAUUAUGGAACCUUGGAACAAACAGGUCGUUGUUCAUGGCGGUUACCUUCGAGUCAAAGGUUGGGCCUAUUCUGGUGGAGGACGCUGGCCCGAACGAGUCGAAGUUUCUGGCGAUGGCGGCAACAUAUGGUAUGAAGUGCCACCGGAGAACCUUUCCAAGAAGCACAAAUUUGCAUGGCGCACAUGGCACAUUGAUCUUCCUGUCGACGCGGAGGGAUGGAUAGAGCUAACUGUUCGCUGCUGGGACAACUCUCUCAACACUCAACCAACGUUCGUUAGGAGUGCCUGGAAUUGGGGAUUGCACGUCACCAGCUCCUGCCAUCGGGUCAAGGUCUAUUCUGUCAACAAGAGUAAACCAGAUACGGCUGCGAGAUUGAAGGAAUUUGAAGAGAGGAAUACACCGUUCACACCUAUUACUAGACCAACAGAAUUCAAAACACAGAGCGACGAGGACUACGAGAAAUACUGGCAAACCCAUGACCCUAGGGAUGUUGAUGACUAA